AUCAGUGCGUAAAGUGACGAAGCAUUGUCUGUGUUGUGCAUUAUUGACGCAUUCCGAAUUUAUAUAAAAUUCCGAUUUUUGUUGCAAGCUUUUUAUUAUUGAAAUCAAGCUUUUAUUUUCUACAUAAAAAAUUCGGGCAGAUCGAACAAUCGUCCCUCGAUCGUUACAAAUUUCAAUGAAACCAAGUUGCACGUAAUAGUAUUCAAGAUGGAGAUGUUAGCAGCUGGUAGGGUUACAGCAUUCAGGAUAGCGGCUACCUAUGGCCCUGAAUUGGGUUUCCUAAUUUUAUUGCAAGUGCUGAUCGGAAUAUACAGACCGGACAUCGUGGAUCGUAAAUCCAGAGUGAAACCUGUGUCGCUGUUCAAUAUAAAAGACGAGUAUGAUUUUGUGGUGAUCGGAGCUGGAUCGGCUGGAUCAGUGAUGGCGCAUCGGCUGACGGAGAAUGACAAUUGGUCGGUGCUCCUGCUGGAAGCUGGCCCGGAUGAACCGGACAUCUCCGACGUGCCUAUAUCGGUUCCGAUUCUGCAAUUGUCUCCCCUGGAUUGGCAGUUCAAAACUGAACCGUCAGAGGAUUAUUGCCAGGCGAUGAAUGAGCACCAGUGCAACUGGCCACGUGGCAAGGCUCUCGGUGGUAGCAGCGUGCUGAACGCAAUGCUUUACGUCCGUGGCAACAAGAAAGACUACGACAACUGGGAAAAGCUGGGAAACCCAGGCUGGGACUACGACAGUGUGCUGCCUUACUUCAAGAAGUCUGAAGACAUGAGGAUCGAGGAAUACAAACAUUCUCCUUAUCACCAGACCGGUGGUCACUUAACCGUCGAGUACUUCAGGUACCGGACUCCCAUGAUCGAUUAUCUGGUAAAGGCUGGCACAGAAGUGGGAUACGACGUCGUGGAUGUCAAUGGACCUACUCAAACCGGGUUCACCUAUUCCCACGGUACUUUGAGAAACGGGUUACGAUGCAGCACUGCGAAAGCUUUCCUCCGGUCUGCUUCCAAGAGGAAAAAUCUGGAUGUGAGCACACACUCGACUGUGGAGAAGAUUCUGAUAAGCGAAGACAGCGAUUCAAAGACAGCAUAUGGCGUCGAAUUCCGAGUAGGCCUGAUCAGCCAUACGGUCAGAGCAAAACGCGAGGUCAUUUUAUCCGCUGGCGCUAUACAAUCGCCGCAAUUGCUCAUGCUCUCCGGUGUCGGUCCGAAAGAUCAUCUGGACGAUAUAGGGGUGAAGACUGUGCACGAUGCACCGGGCGUGGGUGAAAAUCUGCAGGACCACGUGUCGAUCGGCGGAAUGCUUUACUUGGUGGAACCGCCAGCAAAUUACACGAAGGAGAAGCCUUUCAUUUUCAAUUUGCCAAAAUCCAUCACUGCAGAAGUCGUCAAGGAAUUCGCCGUGAAUCACACGGGAAUUAUGUAUUCGUUGCCUAUCUGCGAGGGUAUGGCAUUUAUCAAUACUAAGUACGCGAACAAAACGGAGGAUUAUCCUGAUAUACAACUCUUCCUGUCAAGCAUAACGGACGAUUCCGAUGGCGGUCUUUUCAUAAAGCGGGACAGCAAUGUAAAGGACGACUUCUACGAACACAUGUACGAGAAUAUCCUCUACAAAACUGCGUAUUCUGGCAUUCCGCUUUUGCUGAGACCACGUAGCAGAGGGUACGUGAAAUUACGCUCGAGCAACGUGGACCAUCAUCCGAUCAUCGUUCCCAAUUACUUCCAGGAUCCACAUGAUCUUGACAUUUUGGUAGAAGGUGCAAACUUCAUGUACAAUCUCAGCCAGACACAAAUUUUGACAAGCCUGAAUGCCACAGCAAACCCAAAUCGAAUUCCAGAAUGCUCGUGCUUUGAGUUUCCAUCCGAUGACUACUGGAAAUGCCACGCAAGAUUCUACACAAUGACGAUCUAUCAUCCAUGUGGGACUUGCAAGAUGGGCCAAGCGACUGACAAGAUGGCCGUCGUGGAUCAUAGACUCAGAGUACACGGAAUUAAAGGACUGCGAGUCGUCGACGCGUCGAUUAUGCCGAACAUCACCUCUGGAAACACGAAUGCGCCGGUCAUUAUGAUUGCUGAGAAGGCUGCAGACAUGAUCAAGGAGGACUGGAUGAUGUAGAUUAUCGUCUGAGCUUGACCUUGUAAAAUUGUGGAAAUGGAAAAUCUUGA